ACUGUGAUUCAAACUUUGUCUUCUACAUAGAACUUUUAGAUGGCAAGAAGAGUAGCAAAUUUACUCUUUGCAAUGGAAACCUUUGUGAAGCAAUGGAGCCAUCAAGGAAGGAACCAUAUCUACACAAAGGAUGUUAUUUUCUACCAGUGGUGUCCUCACCUGAAAAAAUAGAUUCACUGGAAAGUUUUGAAAUCCGAGAUGAUGAUACAUUUAUAAUCACAUAUCCUAAAUCAGGCACAGUGUGGAUUCAGAACAUUGUGAGCUUGAUUCUUUAUGAAGGUCAUCGAGAUGGAACUGAAAAUAUUACCCUGCUUAAGAGGGCACCAUGGCUAGAGUAUAAUAAUUAUGCAGAUUUACCUAGUCGCCCAUCACCUCGUGUCAUUUGUUCCCAUCUGCCCUACUAUUUGGCACCCAAAGGAUUACAAAAUAAAAGAGCAAAAAUUAUUUAUGUGUUUAGAAAUCCAAAGGAUGUCUUUGUUUCUAGCUAUCAUUUUUAUAAAAUUCUAACCACGUUGGAAACAACAGAAGAGUUUGAUGCUUACUUGGAGAAGUUUUUGGCUGGCAAAGUGCCCAGUAGUUUAUGGCUUGACCAUGUAGAAGGCUGGUACACUCAUAAGGGUGAUUUCAAUAUUCUCUUCCUUUCUUAUGAAGAAAUGAAAAAGGAUCUGAGAAGUUCUGUACUGAAAAUAUGCCACUUCCUAGGAAGAGAACUAACUGAAAAGGAGGUGGAUGAUGUGGUGGAUAAAGCUACAUUUGAUAGCAUGAAAGCGGAUUCUAGAACAAACUAUACAUCCCUGUAUCCUAUCUUUAUAGAUUCUAGCAAAGGGAUCUUUUUUCGUAAAGGCAUUGUUGGGGACUGGAAGAACCACAUGACUGUUGCCCAGAGUGAAAGAUUUGACCGUGUCUUUAAGGAGAGGAUGGAAAAGCUGCCCUUCAGAUUCUGCUGGGAUAUGCAGGAGGAUCCUGAGCCUAUUUCCAGCUCAGUGGAGGAAAAUAAUGUGUGAUAUGUGCCUUCAAAUGGUUUGAAUCAGAGAUGACGUUCCAAGAAGGGUCUUUAUGUAACCUUGUAAUGUUUAAUUCUCAACUUUGCAGAGAUUAUAGAACAGAGCAACAUUAAAUUCUAAGCUAUUAUUAAAUAUAAUAGAAACUGCAGAAAACAGUUAACAGUACAUCUCUCUGAAAUUCUUACUAUCUUUUGUAUUUUGAUUCCACAAAUGAGGCCAGAUGCACUAAAGUUUUGACAUUGUCCAGCUAGUUUAUUUUAUUUUAUUUAUUUUAUUAAAUUUCUAUACCGCCCUUCUCCCAAAGGAUUCAGGGCGCUGAACAGCCAGAAGAUAAAACACAGAGAUACAAAAUUUAAAAUAGAUUAAAACGAAUUAAAUAAUUUGGCUGAAUUUUAAAAUACCCCAUAACAAAUUAAAAUUUAUAUUUAAAAUUUAAAAUUUAAAUUUAAAAGAGGAGAAGAUUUAGGCCAGGUUUAGUUCCUAUAAACACUUUUUUAAUAUAUACAAUUUGCCAAAUCCCAGCAUGAGAUUUCCUCAUAUGGCUAAGGUCCUUUAUCUAUUGUCUUUAGUUAGUAGUGAAACUAUAUUGGUAUAAAAUUUGCUGUCCUUAUUGCUGAUGCCUAUAAUGUAUCUAUUAACUUCCAUUUGGCUUGUCCCUGGUUAGUAAUGUCCUUAUUUCUAAAGUACUUAAGCAAAAUUACGGGUCAAACUCUCUGGUUUUGCUGCCCUUCUCCUUUCAGAAUGUUAUGUACCAAAUAAGGAGUGAGCUAUAGGCUUCACUCAGGUCCUCCAAAAUGGCAGAAAAAUACUUAAAGCUCAUUGAUUAAGCCGUCUGACAGCCCUCUAUAAAAGGGAUGCUGCCAGACAAGCAGGUUGUUGGGUUGUACUGGUCUACUAAUAAAGAGCUGUUGUUACUGAAAGAGCUAUGUCUUUCUCUUCCAUCAUCCGAUCUAACUGUGAGAGGAAAAUUCCUCUCAGUGUAUUGCUGCAGCCACAUGAUUGGCUUCCAGCUUGAACAUUCAAAUGAGCCAAUCACAACACAGCUUUUGGCUCUGAGCUUUCCCAGGCUUUCCAACGGACAAUGAGUCAGCAUAUAAGCAGCUGCUUGGGUCACACUCAGAAGAGACUCUCAGACAAAGCUACGCUCAGAUGCUGACUCUCCCACAUGGAGCUUCCAAGGCUGAAGUCACUACAAUGGAACAAAGAGCUGAGCCACUGCCUUGCUUCUGAGGAAGCGGACAAAGAACUGAGAGCUUCCCAUGCUGUGGGAUGACUCUAGGAGGAGCUGUUGGACUUUGCUAAGAGGAGAGCUUUUGCUUGUUGGUGUUUUCUUGCAGGCUUUGUUUUUAUGUGUUUUAGUAUUAAAGCAAAUAGUUUCUCUAGA